AUGUCGAAUACUGGAUACUACUACUACUUUAUCGACGCUACAUGUGACAUCAGGACCAGAAACGCCACACGAAGCAACCGAUGUUUUGACUUCUUUGUCCGAACUGCUCAACAUUGGGCCAGGCGUGCGGUGGAGAGAUUGCAAGACAACAGCGAUACCGACUUUGCCCGGGUGUUCAAUGUGAUUUUUAAAACACAAAAAGACGACUCAACUCCGCUGCCACGCUCUCGGAGAUGGCAGGAUCGUUUCCGGUUCCAAGAAGAACGCGACUGGAUAGCCACCAUCGACCACGUUACUACAGUCCUGUCUGACUUUGGCAAUAACUGGCAGAGGACUGACAACAGGCAGGAAGCCAACUUGAGGUUCUUCUCCGACAACCGCAAGAGGUGGCUGGAUGGGGGUCAGGAUCCUAUGAGCCAGCAGGAUAGAUGUUACGAUCCGGUAAAUCAUGUGUGGUACACAGGCAACGUGGAUGCGCUGAACCACGGGCAAGCUGUUGGAUUUGAUGGUAUCCCUGGAUCACAACAAUUCCCAGAUUUCGAUCCUGACACGGAACAGCACGCACGACAGGAGAACCCCAGGAGAUACGUAAUUGAUAUUAGCAACAACGCCUGGAACAACAUUUGUGAUUGGGAUCUUGUACUUGGGUCUCGAGGCGCCAAUUUCAACGAUGUCACGAUCAACGAUAUCAUAUCAGGCUCCAUGGCAAGAAUAAUAAUUCAUGAAGUCAUGCACUGCUUCCCAUACUACCUAGAUGAUGUCUCUCUUCAAUUCUCCGACGGGGCAUACGAGACCUCGAGCUGGGAGGCUGUGAUGAACUGCAAGAAGGGAGAUGCGCACCGGAACGCCGAAUCCAUUGCACUGCUCGGUCUCUGGGCAGCCCUUGCCGACACCAUACCUCGAGGGAGCACAAAUGGAGGUUUCACGCUGGACCGUGGAUGGGACUCAGGGCAUGGGAGGACGCCAAAAAUGAUUUUGACGAGGACGAGCUCAACGAAGAAGAACGGGGAGUGA